GUCAGAAGAUCACAAGGUGCCCGGAUGAGCCGCCAUCUUGGACUUGGUGGAAAUAGCUCCGGAUACCUUCCUCUUCGACUUUUCCAACAAUUCCCAAGAUCUAAGGACUACUAAGACUCCAGAAUGGCCACUCUUGACCAGCAGCUGGACUGUGCGCUGGACCUGAUGCGCAGACUUCCACCACAGCAGAUCGAGAAGAACCUCAGCGACCUCAUUGACUUGGUGCCUACACUGUGUGAAGACCUGCUGUCGUCCGUAGACCAGCCGCUGAAGAUCGCCCGCGACAAACAAGUGGGGAAGGACUACCUUCUGUGUGACUACAACAGGGAUGGGGACUCCUACAGGUCCCCCUGGAGUAACGUAUACGACCCUCCCCUGCCUGAUGGAGCCAUGCCGUCAGAGAGGUUGAGGAAACUGGAGAUUGAAGCCAACAAUGCCUUUGAGCAGUACAGGGACAUGUAUUUUGAGGGAGGCGUGUCGUCAGUAUACCUGUGGGAUCUAGAUCACGGAUUUGCAGGCGUGAUCUUGAUCAAAAAGGCGGGAGAUGGAUCCAAGAAGAUUAAGGGUUGCUGGGAUUCCAUCCACGUUAUAGAAGUUCAGGAGAAGAGCAGUGGGAGGAGUGCACACUACAAGCUGACGUCUACAGCCAUGCUGUGGUUACAGACCAACAAGCAAGGAUCAGGAACAAUGAACCUGGGAGGCAGUUUGACUCGACAGAUGGAGUCAGAUUCCAAUGUUAAUGAAUCCAGUCCCCACAUCGCCAACAUUGGCAAGAUGGUUGAGGACAUGGAGAAUAAAAUCCGCAACACAUUGAAUGAAAUCUACUUUGGCAAGACAAGGGAUAUUGUCAAUAGCCUAAGGUCUGUGGUGCCUCUUCCCGAUCAGAAGCAACAGGCUUUACUGAGGCAAGACUUGGCCCAGGCGCUAAAGAAACGAGCGGGUGCCGACUCUUAGGCAGCUAACCCCUAACCUCAUAGUGUUCCUGUCAACAGUACGCGGCACCUUCCCUGUGCAGUUUCCAAAAAAUAAAAACAAGUAACUCUAGAUCGUCCCCAAAAUCUAUCCUCUAGGUCUUUUGACAGGCAAAGUUGACUGAAACGCAACUGAAUUUCCUUAUGAUUUAACAUUAGACAGUGAAAGAGCUGUUUCUUUCUUGAAGUUGAAGAAACGCCACCAAUUUUUUUUAGCACAGCACAAUAGCUGGGCCACUCUUAUGUGUUAUUAUCUGCCACUAUACAGCAUAGGCACAAGGCGUAAUUUGCUUCAUGAAGAUUUUGAAUAAUACUAGCGCAACUAUUAGUUAUUGAAAUAGCAUUACACUUCGAGUUCAACCAAGAGAUUUUGAUACAUUGAGUAUCAACUACGGAAAUGUCUCCUACAUUUCAAUAAGGAAGAUAUUUUUCUAUCAGCUGAUAGGUCAUACAUGUAUUUACGAGUAUACAAUAUACCAGCCUAUUGACAUUGCAUCACUUUGUUAAAAAGUGUGAUAAAGCAAUGAAAAUCUUUGCAUACUUAAGAAGAGGUUUCUGUUUUGUACACGAGGAGGAAGGAUGGAAAACAAGAAUUGUGCAGUGUAAUUGUAAGAUGUGAACAAGGAAGGUAGAAGAUUUAAGUAUUCAUUACCAUGCAAAAGUUCAGAGGUUGCACAUUUUACUUACCAGGAGUGUUGGUUGCAACAAAAAAAUCAGGUUGCACAGUGCAAUCAAAUAGUCAGUUGCUUUCAUAUUGGAACAAAGCCGCAAUAUACAAAAAUGUACGUAAUUUCCAAGUAGUUGCACAUUCUGCUUGGUUGCAGCUCUACAAAUAAUAGGUUGCACAGUGCAAUCACGUUGUUGCUUGUUUCGGAUAUCAGAGACAAAGGCUGUGCAUGGGGUUUUUGAAGACCAUGAUUGUGCAGUCUGUGACAUCAUACCAUACAUAACAAGUAGACAAACAGAAAAGGAAUGUCACAUUUGGGACCACAUAUUUUUUGGAGCAAAUCUUUUCAAAACGUGUGGGUUUCGGAAACUGCACAGAGGAGGUUGCUGGCUCUAGCUAUGAUUGGAAAAUUUCUAGCCGUCUUUGCUACCAAAUAAUUGCUUUAGAAGUACGUAAUGUAUCAUGGCAUUUUUCCAGAGGUAGAAAACAAAAUUUACAUAGUAUGGUGAGACAGGGACACUAUAUGUAGCUUUGAACAAUUGGCAGUGUGAAAUUUUGUGUUGAACAGAAUGAUUUUCUAGCCAACCUGGAACAUGUUACAUGCUGUCAUACAGAGAUUUUUUGGGAGAUAUUAAUUAGUAAAAGCAUGAUAGAUUUAUAUCCGACUACCCCUGUUCUAUGUGUGUCUUUAUUAACCAAAAUUCUGAUGUAUUUUUGGAGAUUUGAACUCUUGCUAGUAACAAUUAAGAUUUACCCUUUUGUAAAUGCAUAUAGCUACACCACACAAAUUAACAAGAAGAUAGGUUGUACAGCCAAGUGCAUAUCAACAAGCAUAUACCAUUUAAGGACACUAUCUGUGUAUGUUUUUGCAUUUAUGUCUCCCUCGGAGUAAUUAUUGUAUUUUACACUGCACGGAAUAUGCUGUAAAUUAAAGAUGGUGACUAAUGAUUGAGAAUCAAAACCUUUUUU